CGCCGCCCCUAUAAAGGCCGCGGGCGCCGGGGGAAAUCGCGGAGCGCGCGUGGCCAGCACAGGAGUCCGGGAGCGGCCGCCCCGCGCCUGGCCGCCGAGGAGGGCACGUGCUGGGAUGGAGGCUGUGGCCGGGCAGGACCUGUCUCGUGGGGCGCUGCUGACUGUCGGCUGGCUGCUCCUGACCCGCUUCCCCAGAGCUGUGAGCACAGCUGAGUGUCCCCACCAGAGCCCGGAGCUGCAGCCCUGGAGCCCCGGCCAUGACCCGAACUACGUGGCACAGGUCGGUCACGGCAGAGCCCUGCUGCUCACAGCCUCGGCCACUGUCCACUCUGUCCAUAUCACUGAUGGGGGGAAGCUGGUGGUCCAGGACCAUGGGGAGAGCAUCGUGCUGCGUGCACGCCAUGUUCUGAUCGAGCGUGGAGGGGAGCUGCACAUUGGGAGCGUCCACUGCCCCUUCCAGAGCCACUUCAGCCUCAUCUUGUAUGGACGGGCUGACGAGGGUACGCCACCUGACCCCUACUUCGGCCUCAAGUUCCUGGGCGUGAGCAGAGGCGGCGUGCUUGAGCUGCACGGGCGCAAGAAGCUCUCCUGGACGUUCCUCAACCGGACGCUGCACCCUGGUGGCAUGAGGGAGGGAGGCUACUUCUUCCAGCGCAGUUGGGGCCACCGAGGGGUCAUCGUACACGUCAUCAAUCCUGGGUCGGGGGCUGUCAUCCACUCCGACCGCUUCGACACCUAUGGUUCCAAGAAGGAGAGUGAGCGGCUGGCCCAGUAUCUGAACGCAGUGCCCGACGGCCAGAUCCUGUCCGUUGCUGUGAAUGACGAGGGCUCCCGCCACCUGGACGACACGGCCAGGAAGACCAUGACCCGGCUGGGCAGCAAGCACUUCCUACACCUGGGCUUCAGACACCCCUGGAGCUUCCUCACGGUGAAGGGGGACCCCAUGUCCUCGGUGGAGGAGCAUGUCGAGUUCCACGGGCAUCGGGGCUCGGCGACCGCCUGCGUCUCCAAGUUGUUCCACUCAGAGCAGGAUGAACUGUUCAAUGUCACAUCGUGCAGCGAGUGGGUGCAAGAGCUGGUGUGGACCGAGUGGUUUGACCACAAGCAGGUGUGGCCGGCCAAGGGCGGGGAGAAGAGUCCAGACCUUCGGGCUGUGCAUCCUGGGAAAAUCUGCAACCGCCCUCUUGACAUUCAGGUCAUCACAGCAGAUGGAGAGAAUCUCACCGCUGAGGUCGUGCACAAGCGGGGCCAGGACCACAGGUUCGAGUGCUAUGCCCGGGGCCGCGCCUGCCUUCACUACCGUGUGCGUUUCCUCUGCGGGAAACCGGUGAGGCCCAAGCUCACAGUCACAGUGGACACCGACGUGAACAGCACAACACUGACAUUGGCAGCCGAUGUGCGCUCGUGGCAGCCGGGGGACACGCUGGUGGUGGCCAGCACUGACUAUUCCAUGUACCAGGCAGAGGAGUUCCGGGUGCUGCCUUGCCGAGCCUGCGCCCCCAAUCAGGUUCGGGUGGCAGGAAAGCCCCUGUACUUGCACAUGGGGGAGGAGGUGGACGGCGUGGACAUGCGGGCCGAGGUGGGGCUGCUGAGCCGGAACAUCGUGGUGCGGGGGGAGGUAGAGCCCACCUGCUACCCCUACACCCCCCACGUCUGCAGCUUCUUCCACUUCGACACCUUUGGGGGCCACAUCAAGGUCGCCCUGGGCUUUAAGGCUGUGCACCUGGAGGGUGUGGAGCUGGUGCACAUGGGCCAGCAGCUGGUGGGCCAGUACCCGCUGCACUUCCACCUGGCAGGCGAUGUGGACGGGAAGGGCGGCUAUGACCCGCCCACCUACGUCCGGGACCUGGCCAUCCACCACACCUUCUCCCGCUGCGUGACUGUGCAUGGCUCCAACGGUCUGCUGGUCCAGGACGUGGUUGGCUACGACUCUCUGGGCCACUGCUUCUUCACGGAGGAUGGUCCAGAGGAGCGGAACACAUUUGACCACUGCCUGGGUCUGCUGGUCAAGGCGGGCACCCUGCUGCCCUCAGACCGAGAUAGCAGGAUGUGCCGGGCCAUCACCGAGGACGCCUACCCCGGCUACGUGCCCCGGCCGCGGCAGGACUGCAAUGCUGUGUCCACCUUCUGGAUGGCCAACCCCAACAACCACCUGAUCAACUGCUCUGCAGCCGGCUCUGAGGAAACUGGCUUCUGGUUCAUCUUCCACCAUGUCCCAACAGGCCCCUCUGUGGGCAUGUACGCCCCGGGGUACUCGGAGCACAUCCCCCUGGGCAAGUUCCAGAACAACCGAGCACACUCCAACUACAGGGCCGGAAUGAUCAUAGACAAUGGGGUGAAGACCACCGAGGCCUCUGUUAAGGACAAGCGGCCCUUUCUGUCCAUCAUCUCUGCCAGGUACAGCCCCCACCAGGACGCCGACCCGUUGAAGCCCCGUGAGCCGGCCAUCAUCCGGGGCUUCAUCGCCUACAAGAACCAGGAGCAUGGGGCCUGGCUGCGUGGGGGCGACGUGUGGCUGGAUGGCUGCCAGUUUGCUGACAACGGUAUCGGCCUGACUCUGGCCAGUGGCGGGACCUUCCCGUAUGACGACGGCUCUAAGCAGGAGAUCAAGAACAGCCUGUUCGUGGGCGAGAGUGGCAACGUGGGCACAGAGAUGGUGGAUAACCGGCUGUGGGGCCCUGGUGGCCUGGACCACAGUGGACGCACCCUCCCCAUAGGCCCGAACUUUCCCAUCCGUGGGAUUCAGUUCUACGACGGCCCCGUCAACAUCCAGAGCUGCACGUUCCGCAAGUUUGCCGCACUGGAGGGCCGGCACACCAGUGCGCUGGCCUUCCGCCUCAACAAUGCCUGGCAGAGCUGCCCCCACAACAACGUCACUGACAUCACCUUUGAGGAUGUCCCGAUUACUUCCAGAGUGUUCUUCGGAGAGCCUGGGCCCUGGUUCAACCAGCUGGACAUGGAUGGGGACAAAACAUCGGUGUUCCAUGAUGUUGAUGGCUCCGUGUCCGAGUACCCCGGGUCCUACCUCACCAAGGAUGACAACUGGCUGGUCCGGCACCCAGACUGUGUUGAUGUCCCAGACUGGAGAGGUGCUAUCUGCAGCGGGCACUACGCACAGAUGUACAUCCAGGCCUACAAGAGCAACAACCUGCGGCUGAAGAUCAUCAAGAACGACUUCCCUGAGCACCCGCUGUGGCUGGAGGGGGCACUGACCCGCAGCUCCCACUACCAGCAGUACCAGCCCGUGGUCACGCUGCGCCGUAGCUACACCGUCCACUGGGACCAGCCAGCACCUGCUGAGCUAGCCAUCUGGCUCAUCAACUUCAACAAGGGCGACUGGAUCCGAGUGGGGCUCUGCUACCCGCGGGGCACUGCCUUCUCCAUCCUCUCUGACGUGCACGACCGCCUGCGGAAGCAGACGGCCAAGACGGCCACCUUUGUGCGGACGCUGCAGAUGGACAAAGUGGGGCCCAGCUUCCCAGGCAGGAGCCACUACUUCUGGGAUGAGGAUUCAGGGCUGCUCUUCCUGAAGCUGAUGGCGCAGAACGAGCGAGAGCGUUUCGCCUUCUGCUCGGUGAAGGGCUGUGAGCGCAUCAAGAUCAAAGCUCUGAUUCCUCUGGGGGCCCGCACCAGCGACUGCACGGCCGCUGCCUACCCGCGCUUUGCAGAGCGGCCCACUGUGGACGUACCCAUGCCCCGCAAGCUCAGCGUGCAGCCGACCCAGGAGCGUUUCCUAGAGGUGAAGCUGGAGAGCGGCAGGCGUUUCUUCCACCUGCUCAGCGAUGAGGCUUACAUUGAGGUGGACGGGAGGCGGUUCCCCAGCUCUGAGGAGGGCCUCCAGGUGGUGGUGAUCCAUGGGAAGCGUGGCCACGUGCUGGGCCAUGCUGUCUUCAGAAAGGCGGUGCUGCAGGGCGUCCCUUGGCAGCUCUUCAGCUACGUGGCGGCUCUCCCUGAAAACUCCAUUGUGCUGGCGGUCUCCCGCGGAAGCUCCGUGUGCAGAGGCCCAUGGACCCGCGCACUGGAGAAACUGGGAGCAGACAAAGGCCCCAGGCUGAAAGACCACCUGGCCUUCGUGGGCUACAAAGGUGCCUUCCGGCCGCAGUGGGUGUCGCUGCGGACAGACGAGCAUGCCGCGCGGCUCUUCCAGGUGGUGCCAGUGCCGGUGCGGCGCAGGCAGCCGCUGUGAGCCCGAUGGACCGCGGGGCCAGGCCCCACCGACAGCGAAGCCCCCUGCACCCUGCCUGUGCCAGGUGGGACAGCAUCGGCCGAGCAAGUGCAGCAGAGCAGGACCGGACCUGAUUUGGGGGUCCCCUGGGCUCUGCCCCCACUUACAGCACCCCGGGCCUGGGUGCCCCAAGAUCCCCACGAGCACGGGAACCACUCCAGGCUGCACACCCUAAGACAUCACACCUGGACGUCCAGCCCGGCACAUGGAGGUGCUGCAUAGACACAGUUGUGUCCAUUAGGGGCAGGGCACAUAGGGGUGUGGCCACUGGGCAGUGAUGUCAGGUGCGGUCACAUGGGGGUGUGGUGAGAUCUACGUGGUAGAGGCACUACCACUUCAGUAUGGCCACAUGGGGCCGAGGUGACAUCAGGCGUGAUUGUGUAGUGGACUGUGCGGCCAGUGAUGUCCUGGGUGUGUUCACACAGGACCAGUCGAAUUGGAGUCGCUGUUGUGUCAGGGGUGCGGCUUGUGGGCUGAAGUCGGAUUUGGUUGGGCUUCGAUACCGUCAUGCAGGGCAGAUCCCUUAUGGGCCAUGGGCUUACACAGUGCAGGCUGAUCAGGGGCCUGACUGGCCAGGUGUGGUCUGGUCAGGGCACAGUUCUGUUGGUGGGAUCAUGCCUGGCAGUGAAGUUAGGCAUGACUGUGAAGGUUGGGUGUGGCCAGCCCCAAGCGACCUGAAAGGUGGAGCUGCGCGCAGGUGCAUGGCGGGGGGGGGGGGGGUUGCUGGUGGCACACGGUUGCCAGAGAAGUUGCCCUUUCUGGAAGUGGCGUUGGCCACAUUCAACUUAUUUAUUAUGCCUAUGUCUGACCAGCCCCAGGAGACGUGGCCAGUGCUAAGGGGGGCGGGCAUGGGCACAGCUGAGCCACAAUAAACAAGGAAACCAGCUGUGUAGGUCUGUUCUCUGCGCCACGCCCCUGUACUGGAGCCUCACUGCCCACCCCACCCCCGCCAUGCAUGCUACUGAAACCCCCCAAGUACCCACAUUGGUCCUAAUACCCCCAGGAGCCUGGUAGCUGAACGGGGUUGCCUGGAGCUCCUCCAGCCUGUCUAGGUUCUCCCUCACCCCACCCGGUGGACCUUUCUGGCCUCAGGUGAGGGACACCGUUGCACGGCACCCAUCCAGCAGCCCUUGGCCACACAGCUCUGACAGUGGCCACCAGUGCUUUCUGACCUCUGGACACUUGUACUGCACAGUGGGUCCAGACCCCAGGCCCACAGCUGUAAAGGUGGCUGACCUGCUGCCUGUACAUUGGCUGGUCCGUGGAAGGCCACUGAAGACCCCUGUUCUAGAGCCAACAGCAGGACCCUGCCACCUGCACUGCUGUGCAGCACCCCACACCCUCAGGCUACCCAUCCUGCCACAAGCAGGGCGCUGCUUAGUGACAGCUUGGAGAGCAGCAACUGCCACCAUACCACCCCCUGGCUGGGGAAUUCUCCCUCUGGA